CCUCUGUCAGCAGGAGAUCAAUGCUGACCCCCAGUGGCGGGCGCUGGUAAUGCACGUCUACACCACAGCUCCUGUCAUGCGAGCUCCAUAUGCUUGUCAAAGCAGCAUAGCGAUGGGAAGUUCACCCACAGCAGCGCUCUUUAAACACACUACAAACUGAACGUUUUGUUCUCUAAAACCAAACCGCAAACACCAACCAGCGUUUAUCGGCAGAGGAUAGUUUGUCAACGCCGAGGAACGACAGCAUGGACCCGAGAGACACAGCCCCGGAUUCGUGGGAACUGGAGGAAGAUGCCGAGGCCCCACCAGCCGCCGCGGCGGAUCUCGCGGGCACUUUCGCCGCACUCAACGUCAACGCCAAGCCGUUUGUUCCCAACGUCAACGCGGCGGUGUUUGUGCCCACCGUCCCUCAAAGUACCACGUCGGAAACCAUUCCUUUGCAUGGUGCCCCCGAUCCUGCUGGCAACAUGGAGGUGGCACAAACAAUCGCUCCAGUGGAGAACGGCGGCUCCGAGGCAGACAUGGCCACAGAGGAAGUGACGUGGGAGCAAAACGAUGACGAGCCGAGUGGAGCAGGAGGUGGACAAGAGUACCUGAGAGGUGCAGGGGACUGUCAGCCGUAUGCUGGAAUGAAGGAUGAUGAUGAUGAUGAGGAGAUGAUGAUAGAGGAGGAAGAGGAGGAAAUACCCAUGCCUAAAGUGGCACCUUUGACACCAGACGCCCCCAAAAAAGAACAUGUGAACGUCGUAUUCAUCGGUCAUGUGGAUGCUGGCAAGUCAACUAUCGGGGGACAGAUCAUGUAUUUAACUGGAAUGGUGGAAAAGCGGACUUUGGAGAAAUACGAAAGGGAAGCCAAAGAAAAGAAUAGAGAGACAUGGUACCUGUCUUGGGCUCUGGACACAAACCAGGAGGAGAGAGACAAAGGGAAAACGGUGGAGGUCGGCAGGGCCUACUUUGAGACGGAGAAGAAACAUUUCACCAUCCUGGACGCUCCUGGACACAAGAGCUUUGUCCCCAACAUGAUUGGAGGAGCGUCACAAGCAGACCUGGCAGUUCUGGUGAUCUCGGCAAGAAAGGGCGAGUUUGAGACUGGCUUUGAGAAAGGCGGACAGACUCGGGAACACGCCAUGCUGGCUAAAACGGCAGGUGUUAAACAUCUCAUUGUCCUGGUCAACAAGAUGGACGACCCCACAGUCAACUGGAGCCUAGAUAGGUAUGAGGAGUGUAAGGAGAAGCUGGUGCCUUUUCUAAAGAAGGUAGGCUUCAACCCCAAGAAGGACAUCUACUUUAUGCCUUGCUCUGGACUCACAGGUGCCAACCUCAAAGACCCCGUAUCUGAAUGCCCCUGGUACACUGGUCUGCCAUUUAUACCCCACUUGGAUAGUUUGCCAAACUUUGCCAGGUCCAUCGACGGCCCCGUCAGGCUACCUAUCGUAGAUAAGUAUAAGGACAUGGGUACAGUAAUUCUCGGGAAGCUGGAGUCCGGAACGAUCAGCAAAGCCCAGCAGUUGGUCAUGAUGCCAAACAGGCACAUUGUGGAAGUAUUGAGCCUCUUAACCGAUGAAGUGGAGACAGAUGAUGCAGGUCCAGGGGAGAAUCUAAAGAUGAGGCUCAAAGGCAUAGAGGAAGAAGAGAUCCUGCCCGGUUUCAUCUUAUGCAGUCCUGACAACCUCUGCCACACCGGACGCACCUUUGACGCCCAGAUCGUCAUCAUUGAGCACAAAUCAAUCAUUUGUCCCGGUUACAAUGCAGUCCUUCACCUCCACACUUGUAUUGAAGAGGUGCAGAUCUCAGCCCUAUUCUGUAUAGUGGACAAGAAGACGGGAGAGAAAAGUAAAACACGACCACGAUUUGUCAAGCAGGAUCAGGUUUGUAUCGCUCGGUUCCGGGCAGCAGGAGUCAUCUGCAUGGAGACUUUCAAGGACUUUCCUCAGAUGGGACGAUUCACACUGCGAGACGAAGGCAAAACUAUUGCUAUCGGCAAAGUGCUGAAGCUGGUACCGGAGAAAGACUAAAUGGAUCAGUGGCCAAAUAUGCGAAGUUGUUCUGCUUGUCACCAAGGGAGAAACGCUUCAACAGCUGCUCAUCUCUUACGUACAACUAUGAGAAGAGAGGAACAUCCAAUGUGGAGGGAAAGAGGGAAUGAUAUGUGUCAAAUGAAGAAAAUGAGACUGGAUCAGUUUUUAUGAUGAACUAUGUAAAGAGAAAAAGGCAGAUAAAGUCCAGCGUCAGCGUUCUCAUAUUGAGAGCUCCAGUGCCACUAAUGUAGCUUACAUACUCAAUACACAGUAGGCUGGCCACACUUUGUUUUUAUUAUGGACGCAGUGUUACUGAGUCCAGGAAAAACAACAGAAUUAUUUUGUCUCCCGCAAAAUAAUCCUGCAAUUCUAAUUUGGUAUUCCUUUGGACGUUUUAUUUUCUAAGCGUUGAUGUAUUAGUUUGGUUUCUCUCACACACUACUCUGAUGAACCGAGGAUCAACAUACACUCAUACAAACAAGAACAUACACUCAUACAAACUGUUACAUAAUCAACACAGAAAAA